CUGUUCUCCAAUGAGCCCUGCUUCCCUCUGCAACUGCCAGUGAUCAAGCUGCUUCCUGCAGUCACUUUAACUUUCUCACUGGGGAAGAGAAGACUGUGCUGCAAGGUUCUGGCUGAUACAAUGGCUAGCAAAUUCAGGCUGCUGCUGGAAAACGCUGAACAGAUUGUAGUCGUCUGCACUAAAGAGGAACAAUAUCUGCUUGAAGAUGGAAUGCAGCAUUUGGCAGUACUGGAAAAGUCCAGCCUGGUGAUUGGAAAUGAUGGAUGCAUAAAAGCUGUGGGACCUGCUGAGACCAUUCGCAACCACUUUUCUAAUGCUUCAUUCGAGAAUAUAAUUGACUGCUCAGGGAAAUGUAUACUUCCAGGCUUUGUAGAUGCGCACACUCAUCCUGUGUGGGCUGGGGACAGGGUGCAUGAAUUUGCAAUGAAGCUUGCAGGUGCCACAUAUAUGGACAUUCACCAGGCUGGUGGUGGAAUCAAUUAUACUGUUGAGCACACCACUGCUGCUUCAGAGGAGGAACUGUUUUGCAGCUUUAAACAUCGCCUAGAGAGGAUGCUCCGAGCAGGAACAACAUUGGUUGAAUGCAAGAGCGGCUAUGGCCUGAAGCUUGAAACAGAACUGAAGAUGUUAAGAGUAAUUGAAAGAGCUCAUCGGGAACUAGACAUUGCUGUUUCAUCUACUUACUGUGGAGCUCAUUCUGUGCCCAAAGGAAAGAGUGCACAGGAGGCAGCUGAUGAUAUCAUUAAUAACCAUCUACCAGCACUAAAACAGAUGUCCCUGAAUGGGGAAAUCCACGUGGAUAACAUAGAUGUCUUCUGUGAGAAAGGAGUCUUUGACUUGGAAUCCACCGGAAGAAUUCUUCAAGCUGGAAAAGCUAUUGGCUUGAAUCUAAAUUUUCAUGGGGAUGAACUUAACCCUAUGAAUUCAGCAGAGAUGGGUGCGGAAUUAGGAGCACAUGCUGUGAGCCAUCUGGAAGAAGUAAGUGAUAAAGGGAUUGCUGCGUUAGCCAAAGCAAAAUGUUCUGCCGUAUUACUGCCCACAACUGCUUAUAUUCUAAGGCUUAAACAACCAAGAGCAAGGGACAUGCUUAAAGCAGGAGUCAUUGUUUCGCUUGGCAGUGAUUUUAACCCUAAUGCAUAUUGCUUUUCUAUGCCUAUGGUGAUGCACUUGGCUUGCGUCAACAUGAAGAUGUCUCUGAAAGAAGCUCUGGCUGCUGCUACCAUCAAUGCGGCAUAUGCUUUGGGAAGAGCCCAUACUCAUGGUUCACUGGAAGUUGGAAAACAGGGAGAUGUCAUUGUAAUUAAUGCCUCACGGUGGGAACAUGUGAUUUACCAGUUUGGUGGACAUCAGGAAUUGAUUGAAUGUGUUGUAAUCAAAGGGAAAAUAGUAUACAAGAAUGAAAAAAUUCUCCAUCUGUAGAAUGGACCUACUAAAAUAAUUUGUAUUAUAACAAUGCCCGCAUUUUUCACAUUAAUGUAUGUUUCUCUAAUUUCACAUAAAUCCACUACAGUGAAUUCCAGAUUAUAUUCCUAAAGUGCACCAAUUGAUUACACUGACAACUAACUAAAAGUAAAAUCUAUUUUUACUAUUGAAGUACAUUGAAAAAAUGCCAUCUAUUUGUAAAUGUUUAAUCUGACAAGAAAAGAUUUUUGAGUGACUUUUUACCAAAAACCACAUCACAAAAUGCCAUACAAAUAGCUCAGAAAGAAUGCCCUAUAUUAAUUUUCUCUUAGUAUUUAUACCAUCCAAACCUAAAGUAUCCUAAACUUCCAUGCUAUCUUUUAUGUAUGCUUCCCAAGCAUAGCUUUGGUAUUCCCUACAAUAUUUAGGGAUCAUGUGACCAAUGAGUCGACACAAUACUAUUCAUAAAAGGUACAUACAUUCAUAUGUAUUCCUAGCACCAGCCUGCUGUGAUGAAUAGCAUGCAUUGACACUACGGAACCCUGAAUGACAUGGCAGUCAUUUCAGGGUUUCACUAGCAGGUUACAGGCUAAACGACUGAAACAGCAGGAAGUAAAGUGGAGCUUUGGCUCCUCUAAAUGUCCUCUUCUUAUGAAGCACCAUAUAAUAGCCUAUAUUUUGCAUUGGCAGAUAAGAUUUUCCCAAAAUGACCAAUGUCCAUAGAACAUGGAUAUUAGUUGGGCUCACUGUAUUCCAUACAUGGAUAGAAAUUUGUAGAAAACACUUUUUUUUAAAUUUAUUCAAGCAAGAAAAAUACAACCAUUUAUUCAAAAUAAUGUACACGUUUAUGUAUAACAGAACAUAAAUAAAUUAAAAAGUCAGUG